AGAGCGCUAGUGUAAACAGCCAGAGGAACCUGGUGGGCAGGGGAAGUGGGCGCCCUCUGUUCUCCGCGGGGAGCAGGGAUGCUGGAGCCAGGUUGGGCUGACCGCGUUGAGAGACCGCUUUCUAACCCCGGUGGAUUUGCCAUAUUUGCCGGAGCAGCUAGAAGCGCCAUUGUAAUAAGGGUGGGAGGGGUGGAGCCUCCAAGUCCUGUCUCUAUUUAGAUCUCUCACUCCGCUCUUAGGCGCGCCCAUUUCAGAUUACUAAACUCCCGAGUCAGGGGAAAAAAAUCAGGGAGGAGGUGGAAGACCACACCCCGCGGAGCCCGAGAAUUCCCCGGCAGCAGACGGUCGCCCAGGCAGACGCAGCCGAGAUGCGGGGUCCACGGGCCCUGACCACCGCCCACCUUCUCUGCGUUUGUACAGCCGCGCUGGCCGCGGUCCCCGGGCCCAGGUUUCUGGUGACAGCCCCUGGGAUUAUCAGGCCCGGAGGAAAUGUGACCAUUGGGGUAGAGCUUCUGGAACAUGGCCCCUCCCAGAUCACUGUGAAGGCAGAGGUGUUGAAGAUGGCAUCAAACCUUACUGUUUCUGUCCUAGCAGCAGAAGGAGUCUUUGAAAAAGGUUCUUUCAAGACACUUGUUCUUCCGUCGCUCCCCAUGAACAGUGCAGAUGAAAUGUAUGAGUUACAUGUGACAGGCCGUGCCCAGGAUGAGAUUUUAUUCUCUAAUAGUACGCGCUUAUCAUUCGAGACCAAGAGGAUGUCUGUCUUCAUACAAACAGACAAGGCUCUGUACAAGCCAAAGCAAGAAGUGAAGUUCCGUGUUGUUACACUCUUCUCAGAUUUCAAGCCUUACAAAACCUCUUUAAACAUCCUAAUUAAGGACCCCAAGUCAAAUUUGAUCCAACAGUGGUUGUCACAACAAAAUGAUCUUGGAGUUGUUUCCCGGACUUUUCAAUUAUCUUCCCAUCCAAUUCUUGGUGACUGGUCCAUUCAAGUUCAAGUGAAUGACCAGACAUAUUAUCAAUCAUUUCAGGUUGCCGAAUAUGUAUUACCAAAAUUUGAAGUUGCUUUACAGACUCCAUUAUACUGUUCCUUGAAUUCCAAGCAUUUAAAUGGCACUGUCACAGCAAAGUAUACAUAUGGGAAGCCAGUGAAAGGAGAUGUAACACUUACAUUUUUACCUUUAUCCUUUUGGGGAGUGAAGAAAAAUAUUACAAAAAAAUUUAAGAUAAAUGGAUCUGCAAACUUCUCUUUUAAUGAUGAAGAGAUGAAGAAUGUAAUGGAUUCUUCAGAUGGGCUUUCUGCACACAUGGAUCUGUCUUCCCCUGGGCCAAUAGAACUCAUAGCUACAGUGACAGAAUCACUUACAGGUAUCUCACGAAAUGCAAGCUCCAAUGUAUUUUUCAAGCAGCAUGAUUACAUCAUUGAAUUUUUUGAUUAUGCUACUGUCUUGAAGCCAUCUCUCAACUUCACAGCCACAGUGAAGGUAACCCGUUCUGAUGGCAAUCAACUGACUCCUGAAGAAAGAAGAAAUAAUCUAGUCAUAGCAGUGACACAGAGAAACUACACUGAGUUCUGGAGCAGAUGGGACAGUAGAAACCAGGAAAUGGGAGAUGCCCUGGUCAUAAAUUAUACAGUCCCCCAGAAUGGAGUCUUUAAGAUUGAAUUUCCGAUCCUGGAUGAUUCCAGUGAACUACAACUGAAGGCCCAUUUUCUUGAUAGUGUAAGUAGCAUGGCAGUUCAUGGUAUGUUUACAUCUCCCAGUAAGACAUAUAUCCAGCUCAAAAUAAGAGAUGACAAUAUAAAGGUGGGAUCACCUUUUGAGUUGGUGGUUAGUGGCAACAAACAAUUGAAGGAAUUAAGCUAUAUGGUAGUAUCUAGGGGACAGUUGGUGGCUGUAGGCAAACAAAACUCAACUACCUUCUCUUUAACACCAGAAAAUUCUUGGGCUCCAAAAGCUUGUAUAAUUGUAUAUUAUGUGGAAGAUGAUGGGGAAAUUAUAAAUGAUGUUCUAAAAAUUCCUAUUCAGCUUGUUUUUAAAAAUGAGAUAAAGCUGUUUUGGAGCAAAGCUAAUGCUGAACCAUCUGAGAAAGUCUCUCUUAGGAUCUCUGUGACACAGCCUGAGUCACUGGUUGGGAUUGUAGCUGUUGAUAAAAGUGUGAAUUUGAUGAAUGCCUCAAAUGAUAUUACCAUGGAAAAUGUGGUCCAUGAGUUGGAACUCUAUAACACUGGAUAUUAUUUAGGCAUGUUCAUGAAUUCUUUUGCAGUUUUUCAGGAGUGUGGCCUCUGGGUAUUGACAGAUGCAAACCUUGCAAAGGAUUAUAUUGAUGGUGUUUAUGACACUGCAGAGUAUGCUCAGAAGUUUGUGGAAGAAAGUGAAGGAUACAUGGUAGAUAUUCAUGACUUUUCUUCAGGUAGCAAUUUACAUGUCAGAAAGCACUUUCCAGAAACUUGGAUUUGGCUAGACACCAAGAUGGGUUCCAGGAGGUCCCAAACAUUUGAAGUUACCGUACCCGAUUCUAUCACUUCUUGGGUGGCUACUGCGUUUGUGAUCUCUGAGGACUUAGGUCUUGGACUAACAACUGCUCCAGUGGAGUUACAGGCCUUCCAACCAUUUUUCAUUUUUUUGAACCUUCCCUACUCUGUUAUCAGAGGUGAAGAAUUUGCCCUGGAAGUAACCAUUUUUAAUUAUCUAAAGGAUGCCACUGAGGUUAAGGUAAUCAUUGAGAAAAGUGAUGAAUUUGAUAUUCUGAUGACUUUGAAUGAAAUAAAUGCCACAGGAUACCAGCAGACCGUUCUGGUUCCCAGUGAGGAUGGGGCAACUGUUCAUUUUCCGGUCAAGCCAAUGCAUCUGGGAGAAAUUCCUAUCACAGUCAUAGCCAUCUCACCCACUGCUUCUGAUGCUAUCACCCAGAAGAUUUUAGUAAAGGCUGAAGGAAUAGAGAAGUCCUAUUCACAAACUGUCUUAUUAGACAUGACAGACAAUAAGCCACAGAGUACCCUGAAAACUCUGAGUUUCUCGUUUCCUCCUGAUACAGUGAGCGGCAGUGAAAGAGUUCAGAUCACUGCAAUUGGAGAUAUUCUUGGUCCUUCCAUCAAUGGCUUGGCUUCAUUGAUUCGGAUGCCUUAUGGCUGUGGUGAACAGAACAUGAUCAAUUUUGCUCCAAAUAUUUAUGUUUUGGAUUACCUGACUAAAAAGAGACAACUGACAGAUAAUUUAAGAGAAAAAGCUCUUUCAUUUAUGAGGCAAGGCGCUUCAAUAAAUACAGAAUGGGUGAAUGAAUUUUCAGUAUUAACUUAUUUGGGCUUUAGGUUCACCAUCCUAAUGUGGCUGCUGGUCCAGAAGACCUCUGAAGAGCUUCUGCAGUACGGUGAUUAUCUGUGGACAGUAAAGGUUCUACUGGCCUUGGCACAUUCUUAUCAGUUGGGAAAUGUGACAAUGGUUUCAGUAUGUUGCCCCUUAGCUGUGAGCUUAUUGGGGACUGAGUCUAACAUGCUGCCGAUGAAGCUGGCUGCCAGCUCUGCUCUGGUCAUGCUGCAGGGCUCACACGGUUACCAAAGAGAACUUCUCUAUCAGAGGGAAGAUGGCUCUUUCAGUGCUUUUGGGAAUGAUGAUCCUUCUGGGAGUACUUGGUUGUCAGCUUUUGUUCUAAGAUGUUUCCUUGAAGCUGAUCCUUACAUAGAUAUUGACCAGAAUGUGCUGCACAGAACAUAUACUUGGAUCAAGGGACGUCAGAAGUCUAAUGGUGAAUUCUGGGAGCCAGGAAGAGUGAUCCAUAGUGAGCUUCAAGGUGGCAAUAAAAGUCCAGUAACACUCACAGCCUAUAUUGUUACUUCUCUGCUGGGAUAUAAAAAGUAUCAGCCUAAUAUCGAUGUGCAAGAUUCUAUCAACUUUCUGGAGUCUGAGCUCAGUAGAGGAAUUUCAGACAAUUAUACUCUAGCUCUCAUAACUUACGCCUUGUCAUCAGUGGGGAGUCCUAAGGCAAAAGAAGCUUUGAAUAUGCUGACUUGGAGAGCGGAACAACAAGGAGAGAUGCAAUUCUGGGUGUCAUCAGUGUCCACGCUGUCAGAGUCCUGGCAGCCUCGCUCUCUGGAUAUUGAAGUUGCAGCCUACGCUCUGCUGUCACACUUCCUGCAGCUCCAGGUUUCAGAGGGAAUCCCCAUUAUGAGGUGGCUGAGCAGACAAAGAAACAGCUUGGGAGGUUUUGCAUCUACCCAGGAUACCAUUGUGGCUUUAAAGGCCCUGUCUGAAUUUGCAGCACUAAUGAAUACAGAAAGGACAAAUAUCCACAUGACUGUGAUGGGGCCCAGCUCACCACGUCCUGUAAAGUUUCUUGUUGACACAAACAACCGCUUGCUCCUUCAGACGGCAGAGCUUGCUGUGGUACAGCCAACUGCAGUUAAUAUUUCCGCAAAUGGUUUUGGAUUUGCAAUUUGCCAGCUCAACGUUAUUUAUAAUGUGAAAGAUUUAGGGUCUUCGAGAAGACGAAGAUCUAUUGAAAAUCAAGAAGAUUUUGAUUUAGAUGUUGCUGUAGAAGAUAAUAAAGAUGAUAUCAAUCACGUGAAUUUGAAUGUGUGCACAAGGUUUUUAAGCCCAUCUAGGAGUGGCAUGGCCCUUAUGGAAGUUAACCUACUCAGUGGCUUUACUGUACCUUCAGACGCAAUCCCUCUGAAUGAGAUAGUGAAGAAAGUAGAACAUGAUCAUGGGAAACUCAACCUUUAUUUAGAUUCUGCUGUUCAGGAAUUAUUUGAUGUUAACUACUGCCAGGGACAUGCUUUAGAACCUGGAAAACAAGUUUCAGUCUCAAAUACUCAAGACGCUUCAGUGUCCAUAGUGGAUUACUAUGAACCAAGGAGACGGGCGGUGAGAAGUUACAACUCCAAAGUGAAGCUGUCCUCAUGUGACCUUUGUGGAGACAUCCAGGGCUGCGGUCCUUGUGAGGAGUUAGAGUACUUGCUGCAUCGUCAAGAUAGGAGGAAUGAACUGGCAGUGGCGGGCUCAUCUCCCUUUCCUCCACCUUGGGUUCCACCCUGA